CCCAGGUGCCCCCAUCGAUAAUUUUCUAAUCCUACCAUCCCUUCUUUGUUUAUGAAUUGGAAUUCUACUACUAAGGAAGAGCUUUCCUAGACGUUUGUUAAGUUCCUCUGUCAGGGAUGGAACCCCUCCUUCUUUUCUUUUCCCACUUAGUUUCUGUCUCCAAACCCACACCCAUCUCCACUCCCCGCGUCGACGCAGUUCUUACAUUAGUGAGUCUCAUUUCUGGGCAAUUGGUCUGAACUCUCUGAGGCAAAUAAGAUCGAGAGGUCAUAGAUGUAGCUCACACGUCAAUUCCAGGGGGGAUAGAAAUGGGGGUCUGGAGGAGGUGAGGAGGUCGGAGUGCCUGUCUCUGCCACUCCUCUCCCUGUAACACUCUUCUCUCCAGAGGUUGCCCUGUGAUGCACUGGGAUGGAAAAAAAGGGCGGGUGAAAUCAAAUGUCAUUCGGGAUCCUUACGUAACCUGAGGUAGGGUCAGGGCUGGUGCGCAAAUGCGGCCAAAUCGGGGAGAAAUGAGGCAUCUAAUCCCACAGAGCAGAUCACACGCCUGUCACUUCUGCUCCUGCUCUUGAGUCGACAGAAGCAUUUAUUCCCAUCAUCUUCCCGUUGCCCCUGUGGGUAAUUGAAGCUGACGAGGGCCGGGCACACAGGAUGAGAUUAGUCCUCUCUGGGAGCUUCCCAGGACUCAUCCUGGAGCUGAAGCAACAUUACAGGUGAGGUCACCCCACAGGAAGGACCGCUCUAUGGUGCGCCUCAUAGGACGCAAGGGCUCAUUGUGGAAACCAUAGCAUGCUGAGUUAGGAUGCUGUGAGAACAGAAUGUUCUAGACAAAGAAUGUGGGAGAAUCUCUAGGUCUGGAGAGUAAGGAUUUGUCAGUCGUUUUUGCUGGUUUGUUUUUCUCUCUGUGGUGCUAGAUAUGAGGCUCAUUUUUCAGACUGUAAUAGACCUUAGAGUCUAUUAGACUCUAGAGAGGAGAAGGAAAGUUCUCCAGCUUGAACUAGAGAAGAUCUGUAGCUUGAAAGGCUCUGUCACUUCCUAGGUGGGUUUUCCUUGGGCAACUUAUUUAACCUCUGAGCCUCAGCUUCCUCAUCCAUAAAGUGGGUAUAACAAACCCAAGGGGGACAGCGUAUGUGACGUAGAUGGUUCCUACCUGCCAUUUUACAUACAUUUUUUCUACUCUUAUUAAAAAAGAAACAUAAGAUUGAUGUUCAGUAAGCUUAAUACACAAUUACUAAUGAAAAUAGCCUUUGAAAGAACAACUCAAUCAUCGUAUUGUACACCUUAAACUCACACAACAUUCUCUAAAAGGCUAUAUCUGCAAUUAUACCUCAAUAAACUUGGGGAGGGUGUAUGGAAACAAGCCAGAUAACCUUCGGUAAGUGAGGAAAAUGGCGAGAAGGAAGCGUUGAUGCGCUCAGCAGCUUGGGUGGUUCUCCAGGGCAUCGAGCUGAGUAAAAGCGGCCAGUCUUGAAGCUACACACUGUGAUCCCAUGUGUAUACCAUUCUCCAAGUGAAGACACUGUAGUGCUGGGGACCAGCUCAGCGGCCGCUGAGGGUUACAGUUGGAAGAAGGAUGUGACUAGUAACACAAGACAAAGUCCUCAGGUUGAGUUACACCUGUCUUACACGUAUGACAAAAUCUCAAAUGGCAGACUUACACACAAGGUGCAUUAAAGACUAGUGAAAAGUGAGACAAAAAUAACCAUUGCUAAGAAUCCACCCUAAAAAAGUUACCAGCUAUCUACGAAAGCAUACCUAUACACAAAGAUGUUCGUUGCAUAAUUCAGCAAGAGGGACUGCAGAGUACCCCUCAAAAAAAUAAAAUGAUUUCAAAUAAUUUUAAAGACAUGGGGCAUUUUAAAAUGAAAAUCCAGGAGAUAAAACCAUAGCUCCAAUCUGACCUCAAUUAGAGAAAUACAGCGUGGGAGGUGGGGGGACCAGAAAUCAUCCCAUAAAAGGUGUUGAGUAAGACACUUGGGGUGUUGAGGUGGGCUUGUUUCGUUUCCUUCUUGGUUUGUCAGUAGGCUCUUCUCUAGUUGCCUCAUAUUCUGUCGUGUUCUGUGGCUCACACCUUGCUCGCCCAAGCGCCCCUUGAUCUGGGGGUAGAGCUCCCAAGCAGCAGGGCCCAGUGGGACAGGGGUGCUCUGGGCCAGCGAUGUCAUUUCCAAAGCCCUGUGCCUGACGGCCACUUCUGGGAGAGUGAUGACUUGGGUUCUGGCUUUGGAGAGCUGAGGUCUCCGCCUCAGAAGCAGGAGCUCCUGCAAGUGGGAGCACCUUGUAAAACUCAGCCCGACCAGCCCCUGCAGACACCACCAGCAGCAGCCUCUCACCUCCAACUCAAUCGGCCUAGAAGAAUAAGAAGCAAGUGCUCCCUGCCUCGUUUGCUGCUUUUGGAAUCAUUGUCACCACAUUCUUGAUAGGAGUUUCGGUGACCUGGGCAGAGUCACCCCAGAGGCAGACUGUGUGCCCCUCUUCCCUCUGGGCGGUUAGUCCCUGAGUCCUGACUCCCCUUGCCCCUUCCUGGGUGGGGGUGGAGGAGGCCUGUCCUGCAGGAAGGGUAACGCCCAUCUGAGCCUAGACCACAACAGAGCUGGAGCCAAGGCCUGUCUGCCUUCCCUCGGGCUCAGAGUGAAUGAAAGGACAAAGGACAUUUUUAGUGUGAGCGUGGCUUUCUAAUCUUCCAGAACUGCCUUAGACCCAAAUUGAAAUUAAGUCAGUCAUGUAUUUGUGGAUUCAUACAUAUUCCUAAGACCUGACUGCACAGAAGUGGCGCUGUGCGAAGCACAAAGGAGAGACAAAGGCCCCGAAAGCCUCUUGUUUCUCCAGGAGCAUAUGAUACAGCUAGAAAAUGAGACACACACACGCAACGGCUAAGUGAGGCCCCAGAGUGAGACCCGAACUGCGCGGAACUGAGUAGAGGGGCCCUGAAUGCUAGAAGAGGGAGUGAGAGAGACCACUACGCUGAAGUGGUCGGAGAAGGAAGGCUUCCUAGAGGAGGCGACCCUUGAGCUGGGCCUGGCGGGGUGGGUAGUAUGGGGAGAUACCCAAUUGGGCAAGGAUGCUGGGCUGGAGAACACCCAUGAGCGAAGCUGUAGAGGCCAGGAGGAUGGCUGGAGGCCAAGCCCCGAGUGUGUGGGGAUGGACCAGCCAGAAUCGGACCACCUCUGCGCUCGGGAGAAGGUGGGACGGGCCUCACAGCUCGCGUUCCCACUCCCACCGCAGGACAACACCAUCGACUUCUUGGAGUAUGUGGCAGCCCUGAACCUCGUGCUGAGGGGCACCCUGGAGCACAAGCUCAAGUGGACCUUCAAGAUCUACGACAAGGACUGCAAUGGCCACAUCGACCGCCGGGAGCUGCUCGACAUUGUGGAGGCUAUCUACAAGCUGAAGAAAGCCUGCAGGGUGGAGAUGGAGUGUGAGCGGCAGGAACAGAUGCUCACCCCCGAGGAGGUGGUGGACAGAAUCUUCCUUUUGUUGGAUGAGAACGGAGAUGGCCAGCUGUCUCUGAAUGAGUUCAUGGAAGGUGCCCGUCGGGACAAGUGGGUGAUGAAGAUGCUGCAGAUGGACGUGAACCCCAGUGGCUGGAUCUCUCAGCAGAGGCGGAAAAGUGCCAUGUUCUGAGGAUUCGGGGGUCCUGGGAGCCCAGUAUAUGUCCACAGGCCCCUCCAGGACUCCAGGCUCACCAGGCUUCCCAAAGAGCGAGAGGGUCCCUGGCUCAGCCUGCUUGUGCCCACUCUUAUCUGGCUCCCCUAUGAAAGGGACUGGGCUGAGGCGGGUGGCUAGGGGCUCUUGGCCUGAAGUGGCUGACAGGACACAGUCCGAGGGCAGGAUUUACCCGGGUGGCGAAGGGAACCAGCUUCCUCUCUCCUUUCAGCUGCUUCUGGGGACAGUAUGCUUCGGCUGGGUGGUUGUGGGGCGUCCACAAUUUCCUACCUGGUUCCUACCUGGAAGCAGGGGAAUACUGAGGGAUGAGGGUCCCCUAGACUGCCCCCACAGUGGGAAGCCGGGGGCUGGAAGGUGUCGCAUCUGAAGAAAAAAUAGGACUUGGGGCGUGAGUCCUGGAUCCUGAGGAGUUCAUGGGGAGGUCUCUCGCCUCCCCCUCCCAACUUGUCUUCACCAGGGGUGUCUGCAAGGGAAAAUUGCAGCCAGUAAGGUGCUGGUCUCCCGGCCCUCUGUCCUCAGAGGGAUCGGCUGUGCUUGAAGGAGCUGUUUCAGCAAUGCCCCAGUGCGGCUCCUCCAGCCACACCCCCACACAAACCUCCUCUCCCCCUCCCCGCCCCUCAUCCCACACCUGCCUCUCCCAUUGACCCAAGAUGGCCAUUUCUCUCUCCCUAACCUCAAUUAUCGUCUCUGCGCACGGAGCAAGUUGGACAAACCAGGCGGGUUUUUUAUUAUUUUUUUUUUAGAUGUGAAGUUAUUUUGUCAUACAACUCUAUGUGUAGCCCCAGUGUACAAACUAGAUUUAAAGGGAGUCGUUCUUGUUAAAUUGGGUGGGGGGGGGCAGUGAGGAACUCAGAACAGGAACUUCUUUGAAGAGAUGUGUUUUUAUGUUGAUGGAUGAAAAAUA